UUCACUAAAGUUAUUUAUUCCACUCUACUAACUUUACAGAAAUCAUGUAAAUCGCCAUCUGUAUUAAUUAGUUAGGACAAAAUCCCUGAACGCAUCAUCCCACUAACUGGAGGCACAAGGCUUCAGCCUGGGACGUCGGUUCGAGCACUGAGCCAGACAGGCUGAGCACAGGGACACGGCAGCGCAAGCCUUUUCCCUGCACUAUCAGCAUCUCCAUUUCUGUCAUCUCAUCAUCAUUAACAGUGUGCAGGUUUUUCGUGGCGGUGAGUGGCGACGUCGGGCUGACUCGGGAUCAGCCCAUGCAGGAGGAUGGAGAUAGAGAAGAGGACGAAUGGGUUCGACUACACUGAAGGAAACAACGCCAAGUCCGUCAGCGGCUUGUACAACGAUCAUCCAUUGGAGUCUGAACAGAACGACCGCAUGGAUGCAGUCAAUGAAAGUAAUCUAGAUGAUCCAGCUGACCAGCGUACUUGCCUUAUCUGUGGAGAUCGCGCCACAGGCCUGCACUAUGGCAUCAUCUCCUGUGAGGGCUGCAAAGGCUUCUUCAAGCGCAGCAUCUGCAACAAGCGUGUGUACCGCUGCAGCCGCGACAAGAACUGCGAGAUGUCACGCAAGCAGCGCAACCGCUGCCAGUACUGCCGCCUGCUCAAGUGUCUGCAAAUGGGCAUGAACCGCAAAGCAAUCAGGGAGGAUGGAAUGCCAGGAGGGAGGAACAAAAGCAUCGGGCCUGUUCAGAUAACAGAAGAGGAGAUAGAGAGGAUCAUGUCAGGGCAGGAGUUCAAGGAGGACGCCCCGGAGCACACCUGGGGCAACAGCGGUGACAGCGACCACAGCUCUCCCAGCAACGGAGCCUCGGAGGGCAACCAGCCAUCACCUGCCUCCACUCUGUCAUCCAAUCGCUCUGUGGAAAUGAAUGGCUACACAGCGGCCCUAAGGGACCAAUACAUCAACACCUCCAUGUCCACACAUUACCAGCUCCUGCCUCACCUGUUUAGCUACGCCACCCAUUCUGCCCUGCUGGCCCCCCAGCCCCGCAGCCUCUACCCACAGUCCCAACCACUGGUGCUGCAGCUGGUGGCUGCUGAAGACCUGGCCCCCCUGGCCACACCUAUGCUCAUAGAAGACGGGUACAAAGUGACACAGGUGGAGCUGUUUGCUCUGCUGUGUCGCCUGGCAGACGAGCUGCUCUUUCGCCAGAUCUCUUGGAUCAAAAAGCUGCCCUUCUUCUGCGAGCUCUCCAUAGAGGACUACACCUGCCUGCUCAGCUCCACUUGGCAGGAGCUCAUCCUGCUCUCUUGCCUCACCAUCUACAGCGCCCAGAUUUUUGGAGACCUGGCCGAUGUCACUGCCAAGUACACGCCGUCUGACGAUGAGCUGCAGGGCUUCAGUGAGGAUGGGAUGGAAGUCAUGGAGAGGCUGAUAUAUCUGUUUCGCAAGUUCCACCAGCUGAAGAUCAGUAAUGAGGAGUAUGCCUGUAUGAAAGCCAUCAACUUCCUCAACCAAGAUAUCAGAGGACUGUCCAACAUCUCCCAGCUUGAGCAACUGAACAAGCGCUACUGGUAUGUGUGUCAGGAUUACACUGAGUAUAAGUACCCGCACCAGCCCAAACGGUUCCCCGAAAUCAUGAUGUGUCUGCCAGAGAUCCGCUGCAUCGCAGGAAAGCUGGUGAAUGUCCCUCUGGAGCAGCUCCCCCUCUUGUUCAAAGCAGUCUUGCACUCGUGCAAAUCCAGUCCGACCAGCUACAGGGCCGGCCCGUCGCCCUGCGUGACCUCCUCCUCCGGAAACUAGACACCCCGACCUUCCAAGUCAAGGGACUGGUCUCCCCUCUUGUGAAUGUGACAAGCAGCUAGUUUGUUUUUGUAACUUUUUUCUUUAUAUAUUUAUUACAUGACAGAGCUGAAUGUAUGCUGAUUUACACUGUGCACAUGCUUCUGUAAAAAACAAAUGCUCAUAGAUGCAUUGGUCUUUGGAGUUUACAAGUGUGUAUCCAGUUUGCUCAAUGUGUCAGUGUUGCCACUGUUAGAGCUAGACUUUAAUAGAGUUUAUUUUAUUCAGCCGAGGGCAGAUAGACACCUAACACGUGUUUUGAGACUACCUCAGGAAGAUCUUAUUGCUAUUUUCAGGUACCUUUUCUUUCUGUCAAAUGAAGAGUUGCCCAGUCUAAAACCAAAUCCACGUGGAUGGCACAUCAAUCAGAGACUGCAUGUUCUAAGGAGCUGCAUAAAUCAAAGAGAGAAAAGCGGUAUUUUGUUACACUGAAAAGGCAAAAGGAAUUAGCAAAAUUGAGCAACUUCAUGGAUUCUCAGACAUGCUGCUUACGGGAGGUGGUCUUGUCAGUUUAACAUUCCAUGAGUUAAGGCGACAGUUGUGGGAUCUUCAUUGAAAAAAGGAGCAUACGGGUAUUUUUUACAAUCAUAGACUGGGGAUGUAAGGCUUUAUUGCAAGGGGUGGGGAGGAUAGCUAGGUUUGCUGUUUUAGUUUUAUUGUUUUAUUCUUUUUUGACCAAAGUGUUAUGCAAUGCUUUUUCAAACACCCAUUGAUGGGUAGGGAGCUGAUAGCUCCACAAAAAAGAUUUCUUAUCAGUGAAGGAUCAGGAUAAGAAAUGAAUCAAUCUGUGUCAUAGCGGAGAACCCUCUGUUGGACAGAUGAGUAUGUUGCCAGAUUUCAUGCUAAAUGCUGCUAAACUUGCACACAUUCUUGUGCACAUAUAUUAUGCAUAGAGCAGAAGAAGUGAUUCCCAAUCUUUGCUUUUCCUUCUGCUUGUUUUCUGGGUUCUGUUGUCCUCAGAGCCAGGAGCCCAGUGCAUUGUAGCCUGUUCUCGUCUACACGCAAUCACCUACAUUUAAGAUCCAUGGUACGGAUGUUUGUUUAAAGUGGUAGUCUGUGUAAUGUUGCCUUCUUCUGCUUCUUCAGACCAAGCCCUAAAUCAUGAAACACUAGGUGGGUCGACCAAAAUCUGUACUUGAUUUACUAGAAACAAAGUGGAACUGACAACACCUGGAUCACAAUCUGAACUCAAAUGAACCAUAAAAGUGGUUAACAGUCAGCAUUUAUUGCCUCCAGUUCAUUUAAAGCUGGUGUAGAGCACAAGCUGCUGUUAGUAUGUCCAUCUUCAAAGCAGUUGCGGAAAUCCCAGUUGAAAAACCAACCGGCCUGUUCAAAAGUGCUGCAGGACAGCUUUCGAGGAGCUUGUACUGUUUGAAGGUCUUGCCAGGUCCAAUCAAAAGUUUGCACAGACACAGGACCAGCAGCAGUUUAAGUCGGAGCUGACCUGGACCUAAGGAGCAUUAGAAAGUGUGGCACCUGAGACCUUGUUCAGGUCCAGUCCUCAGGGUUUUAGUGGAUAAGCUUAUCCCCAGAAUCCAGCAAAUGAAUUUCUUUUAUGGGCUGGCUUUAGGUUUAUCAUCUAAAACAAGCUUGUGGAUUAUCACUGAAUAGAAGUGGGUUAAGUGUGACUGAAUUGGGCUGUCAGGCUAGGUUUAGAGAAUUUAGUUGACUUGACGUCUGGCUUGCAUACCUCUGUGACAGAUAAGAUCAUUU